AGGAAGCAGCAGAGGCACUGACCGCUGGAAAACUUCCUCGCUGUGCCCACCCUCGCGUCCCAGGCGUCCCUGUCCAGCAUGGCUAAGCACCCAGUGCUGCUGCUGCUGGCCGUGUGGGUGCUGGCCGGGCGGCUGUGGCUGGAAGCUGAGGCGCGGGGAGCACCCUAUGGUGUGAAGCUUUGCGGCCGGGAAUUCAUCCGGGCAGUCAUCUACACCUGCGGAAGCUCCCGGUGGAGGCGGUCGCUCAUCCUGGCCCGUGAAGCAACGGGCGAUGCCUUCCCAGACGCAGAACCUGAUGCAGACACCGGGCUGGAUGAGGCAGUGGCCUCCCGCGAGUGGCUGGCCCUGGCCAAGGCCCCAGAGACCUUCUAUGGGAGCCGACCCAGCUGGCAGGGGACCCCAGGGGCUCUGCGGCACAGCCGAGAUGUCCUCGCUGGGCUCCCCAGCAACUGCUGCAAGUGGGGUUGCAGCAAGAGUGAAAUCAGCAGGCUCUGCUAG